UAUUUUUUGUACACGAGAAUCUGUCAACUAGUUUUCAUUUACUCUUGUCUAUAGAUUAACGAAUUAAACAUGAUUUCCCAACCAGUCCUAUCAUCAUCGUCAUCAUCAUCAUCAUCUGUUCAUGGUCUUUCUACAUCAGACAAUUUCACAACACCUAUAGCAUCACAAUCAACUUUAUUAAAUACCCUUGGUUUACACAAUCUCAAUUAUGAAUAUUUACCGUAUAUUCUCAACAACUUUCUCAAUCCAAACAAUCAUCAUCAAAAUGAUUGUAACAAUACGCCUUUACAUAAUCAAUAUCAUCAAUUAAUACCAAACAAUUCUGAUAUUUUAAAUUUACAUGCUCUUCAAAUACCAAUUUACGAAAUGAUAGCUGCUAGUCGCAAUAAUAAAUUUAAUGAUUCUAUAAUAAAUAACAAUCCUAUGGUAGAUAUAACAUCAAUACCUAAGAAUUCUGAAAAUAAUUCAUCAUUUACCAAUUUCUCAUUAACAUCAUCAUUAACCAGAGCGAUUAGUUCAAAUACAAAUUCAAUUGGUUCACAAAUUCUACCUAUUUGUACACCAUUACUUCAACUGGCUAUACGUCAUGCAUUAGCUGAAUGUUUUCCAAAUAAUGUACAAUUACAUAUUAAAGGUAGAUUAGAAAUAUCAAUGAAUACUAUAGAUAAUAAUAAUGAUGAAAAUCCGAACCAUGUUAAUACUACUGCUACUAAUACUAAUGGUAGUAACAAUAGCACAACCACUCUUUAUUUUAAUGAUAGUUAUGAAUUACCGACAAAAUCAUCCAAUUUUUCAAAUGAUCACAAACAAGAUAAUAAUAACAGCAAUAAUUCAAUAUACCAGAAAUUAAUUAACCAAAACUCUACAACAUCCCGUCGUAAACCAUUAAAUCCUAGUAAAUGUUAUCCAUCCGAUAUACUUUACAAUAAUCAUUUUAACAAUGAGCAGUGUGAAAACGACACCCAUAUUAACAAUGAUAAUAAUGGUAACAAUAAUAAUAAUUUCAAUUUAUUACAUAUAAAUCAAUCAACGAGUCCAUUAUUAUCAACAUCAAGUCCAACAAGUCCGUCAUCUGAUUCUGGUGUAUUAGAUUUGUCACAUGGCGGUUCUCUAGCCGAUUCAGCACCAAUUACACCUUUAAAAGAAUUUCAUGUCUCACAUUCACUUGGCAUUAGUAAUGAUAAGCUAAAUUAUAGUAAUAAUAAUAAUAACAUUAUAAUUGACGAUAAUCAUCAUUAUCAAUAUUUCAAUAUACAUGAUCAAUAUGAUUUACAUUGUUUUAAUCGUGAGCAAGAUAUUUUAGAAUCAUAUAAAAAACAAUUAGCUGCAUUUAAUCAAAUUCAAGCUGUAUGGAAGAUGUCAACAUCAUCAAAUAGUGAAACAUUAUCAAAUUCUUCAUUAAAAUUUGAUUCAAAUGAUCAUAAAACAAUAUACAGUAAUAAUUUUGAUGUCAAACAAAAGCCUAAUUCUGAACCGAAUACACCUGUAAAGAUAGGACGUCGUACACGUGCAAAUGUUGGUCAAACUGGACGUUUAACUUCAAUUAGACGUCAAAGUACCAAUCGUCGUUUUCCCUGUAAUCAAUGUAAAGAAGAAUUUCCGUCAUUGCAUACUUUAGAGCAGCAUACAUUAUCACAACAUGGCACUUAUAGAUGUCAUAUAUGUCAAGCUCAAUUUACACAACGAUCAAAUUUACAACGUCAUGCAUUAAAACAUGUCGGUUUUAAACCAUUUGAAUGUCGGGUUUGUUCUAAAGCAUAUUAUCGUAAAGAUCAUUUAAUGCGUCAUAUGGAAAUGGGACAUCCAGGAUUUACACCGAGAGACAAUAUCACUGUACAUUUAACAUCAUCCGAAAGUUUAGAUUAUUUAACUCGAUCAAAUAGUUUAGCUGAAAUUCAAUCAAUUCCUGAAAAUUAUGAAAAACAACAACCUAUGUUCACUGACGAAACUUUAAUUGAAAAUGAGUAUUACAACGAGAAUGAGAAUGAGAAUUUAGAUGAUAUAAAAUUGUCUACUUCACCAAUCAAUAAAUUACACAAUACUGAUCCAAUAUAUUCUCCUAUAAAAGAUCAAAUCAGUUUAUCUUUACCAGAAGAACAAAUAAAUGAUUCAGCAUAAACUAUACAAUAAUUAUAAUAAAUUAAACUAUAUUUACAACAUUUCAAUUUCAAUAUCCUUUUGUUAACAGGUCGAAAUUCUUCCAAAUAAUACACCAUUCCGAAAAUAAUUAAGAAUAAACAAUUCCGGUGAAUUCAUCUUCAGUUCUUUAAUUGUAUAUAAAUUCAUGUCAUCAUGUAAAAAAUUUUUUUUCUUUGCUAUUCCAAACACUAUCCUUAAUUUUUUUAACUUUUCCAUAAUAAUUAUUUUUCCAUAUUUGUUUGUAUUUAAUAAAUUAUAAGGCAAUAUCUAUUUUCUACUUUUGUAUUGAUUAAUUUAUUUGUAACUAUUUUUUGUUCCCUCCCCCUCUCUCUCUUCAUUUUUUACUCAAUAAACAAUCAUCGUAACCGAGUAAGAAAAAAAUGAGUCGAAUGUAAAGUGACCAUGACAUUUCAAUAACAGCAACAAUAAUACCUUGAGCCUUGACAACUAAAACUAACAUCAUUAACCUCUUUUCCUUUUUGUAAAUGUUUUUUUACCAUAUUAUUUUUUACUAAUGAAAACUAUUACAUUCCACUUGUUUCAAUGAUGAAAAUAAAAAUAUCCCAAUAUGCAUGU